AUGAUAAACAAAAGGGUGGGUACUAAUUUUCUUGCAGAGGAGUACCAAGAGAAAUUACUCAAGCAUCCAACAUGGAAGAUAAAACUUUUCAUCAGAGAUGUUCAAGACACAUAUGGAGUGAAGAUUACUAGGUGGCAAGCUAGUAGAGCUAAAAAGAAUGCUUUAUCUGCAUGUGCCAAAGUAGUAGGAAAACAAUAUGAAUCCCUAAGAGAUUACAUGUAUGAAUUAAAGAGGUCUAAUGUCGGGACUAAUAUAUUCUUAAAACUAAAGCCUCACAUAUCCAAACCUAUUCCACAAUUUCACAUGUUUUAUAUCAAUUUUCCUGCACUAAGGAACGGAUUUUUACAUGGAUGUAGGAGGGUCCUUGGCUUAGAUGGUGCAUUCCUCAAAGGCUACUGUAAAGUAGAGGUAAUUAGUGCCAUUGCAAAAGAUGCAAAUAACCAAAUGUUUCCUGUAGCAUGGGCCAUUGUCGAGUCAGAAUCGAUAGAAAGUUGGUCUUGGUUCCUUGAAAAAUUGAUGAAUGAUUUAGCCAUGGAAAGAGGAAAGGGUUGGACUUUUUAUUCUGAUCAACAAAAGGGGUUAGUACCUGCAAUAGCUAAACUGCUUCCGCAAGCUGAGCAUAGGCUCUGUGCAAGACAUAUUUUCACAAAUUGGAUUAAGACCAUCAAGGGAUCCCCUUUGCAUAAGCUGUUUUGGAGUGCUGUGAAAGCAUAUACCAAGGAGGAGUUUGAAAAUUCAAUGAACAAGCUACGACAACAAAGUGCAAAAGCUUACACAGAGAUGUGUGAAAGAAAUGUGCAAAGGUUUUGCAGAUCUUUUCACACAAAAAAUGCAUGCACUGGUGUCACUUGUAACAACAUGGCAGAGACAUUCAAUUCUUGGAUCAUUGAAGCUAGGGAGAAACCAAUAUUGACAAUGUUAAAAGACAUAAGGAGGCAAGUUAUGUCUAGAAUGGUUGAGAAGAAAACGCAAGCUAUGAAGUGUAAUGGCAUUGUUACACCAAGAAUUCGAGCAACAUUGAAUGAUAAUAAGCAAGCUACACGAAAUUGGAGAGCUAUUGAGGCUAAUACAAAUGUUUAUGAGGUGCAACACAUCCAUAACAGUAAGUUAACAUAUGCUGUUAGAUUGGAGCAAAUGGUGUGCGCAUGUAGAUAUUGGGAUGUAACUGGAAUUCCAUGUGAACAUGCACUAGCAGCAAUAUGUGCUAAGAGCAAAAUUCCUGAGAACUAUGUGGCUUCUUGGUAUAAAAAGGAAACAUAG